UCAGCUGUGUCCAAUCACAGCUGAUCAGGAGACAUGUACACUGAGCAUCAGGGCACUGAUGUUCAGUGUAGCCCCAUCAGUGCCACCUGUCAGUGUCCAUCAAUGCUACCUGUCAGUGCCCAUCAAUGCCACCUGCCAGUACCACAUCAAUGCCACAUAUCAGUUCUACCAGUGCACAUCAAUGCCACAUAUCGGUGCCCAUCUGACCUGCCUAUCAGUGCUGCCAAUCAGUGCCACCAUUCAGUGCCAGUCGGUGCUGCCUAUCAGUGCCCGUCAGUGCCGUCUAUCAGUGCCAUCAGU